UACGUCGAGUCACCAGCAGGGGGGGCCGGCGCGGUGCAAGAUGCCCGGUGACGUCACAGCUCAUUAGCAUAUUGAUGACUAUAUCUAACGCCUGCGCCAGGACGCGCCUUUUACUGCUGCAACGCACUUGAUCGGAACUCUCGCCAGCACCCGACCAGUCAUCGACCUUCCGCCAACAUGAGCGACAAACCCGACAUCUCCGAGGUGACCAGCUUCGACAAGAACAAGCUGAAGAAGACCGAGACCCAGGAGAAAAAUCCCCUUCCCACAAAAGAAACCAUCGAACAGGAGAAGGCGGCGACGUCGUGAAGCCCCUCGCCAUGACCUGUGCAACCGCCACCCCUUCCCCACCCCCCUGCACCCCCCCUCCUGCAUUGCCUUGUUUUCAGUCACUUCUGCUCGCUGUUUAUCUUUGUAACCGACAUGACGACAACAAUAACCGUGCUGCACACACUCUCUCUCUCUCUCUCGCGUGGGUGGGCGAUGUUUUCUCAGUGGUUGUCGCACCCCCCCUCAGUCAUCUCUUGCCGCCAUGUUUAGUGGGAUGAAGAAGGCGGUUUGAGCCUCCCAGGGAAGGGGGCGGAGCCCGGCCUGAGUCCCAGGAAGUGCAUCACUGUCUCAACACCCCCCCCCACCGCCACCACAACUUCUUGUACGGCUGCUUUUGCGCCAAAGCUGACAAGCUUUUCCUUAUCUUGUCUUUUUGGAAAUAUGUUGGCCCCCCAAAAAAUGUGAUUGAACCCCCACAAAAUGAUAGUUGUACGUUUUCUUCAUGGUAUAUUUUUUUUUGGAGGAUGGAAAAAAAUGGAUUCCAACUCGAUCUGGCAACUAAUGGACCUUGUUGACGGUUAAAAUGCACUUUGUCCCUUUUUGUCUGAGUCAGGAUGUGUUGAGGAGGAGAGGGGGGGAGAAGUCUAUUGGUUCCAUGUGCUUUUUACACCAAUUAGUCUUUGGAAUCGCAUUACUCUGCCACCAAACCAUUGCAAGAAAUGGAAAAUCGUGAAAUGUUGUAAUAAAAAAAGAUUUGUUACUAA